AUGCUGUCUGCCGUGUACAAGGCGGGCCGCGCUCCGGCCGUGCUCCGUCAUGGUCGCCGGGUCCCAGUAACGUCGUCCCAAGUGAGGACACUGACAUCGGGCGCGCAGAAUGGCGUCUUUCGUAAUGCACAGACUGAGCUCGCGAGCGCCAGGUUGAGUCAGAAACGGCUCUUCUCUGCCUCUGCCGCCAGUCUCAGCUCCGGCGCUGCGCAGCCUGCUCCCGAUCCCAAGGCCUACCUCUCGAGCGGAGUGGUAAAGCCUAAGGAGCACGUUGGCGUCAAGAAGGUCCUCGUCAUUGGUAGCGGUGGUCUUGCCAUUGGCCAGGCUGGAGAGUUCGACUACUCCGGAUCGCAAGCCCUCAAGGCCCUUAAGGAGGCCGGCGUGGCCUCUGUGCUCAUCAAUCCCAAUAUCGCUACCAUCCAGACGAACCACGUCCUCGCCGACGAGGUCUACUACCUGCCUGUCACCCCUGAGUAUGUCGAGUACGUCAUCCAGAAGGAGAAGCCCGAUGGCAUCUUCCUGUCCUUUGGUGGCCAGACGGCCCUCAAUCUCGGUGUGCAGAUGCAGAAGUUGGGCCUUUUCGAGAAAUACGGCGUCAAAGUCCUUGGCACCAGCGUGAGGACAUUGGAGCUCAGCGAGGACAGAGAUCUGUUUGCGAAGGCGCUCGAGGAGAUCAACAUCCCCAUCGCUAAGUCCAUCGCCGUCAACACGGUUGACGAAGCCCUCGACGCCGCGUCCAAGAUCGGCUACCCGAUUAUCGUCCGCGCUGCCUAUGCGCUUGGCGGUCUGGGAUCGGGCUUCGCCAACAACGAGGAGGAGCUGCGCAACAUGGCCGCCCGGUCACUCACCCUCUCGCCUCAGAUCCUUGUCGAGAAGUCGCUCAAGGGCUGGAAGGAGGUCGAGUACGAGGUCGUCCGUGACGCGAACAACAACUGCAUCACGGUGUGCAACAUGGAGAACUUCGACCCCUUGGGCAUCCACACUGGCGACUCCAUCGUCGUUGCGCCCAGCCAGACCCUGAGCGACGAGGAGUACCACAUGCUGCGGUCCGCUGCCAUCAAGAUUGUCAGGCACUUGGGCGUCGUUGGCGAGUGCAACGUCCAGUAUGCGCUGCAGCCCGAUGGCUUGGACUACAGGGUUAUCGAGGUCAACGCCCGUCUUUCUCGUUCGUCUGCCCUGGCUUCCAAGGCCACCGGAUACCCGCUGGCGUAUACCGCCGCGAAGAUUGGCCUGGGCCACAGCCUGCCCGAGCUCCCCAAUGCAGUGACCAAGACGACGACAGCGAACUUUGAGCCCUCGCUCGAUUACAUCGUCACCAAGAUUCCCAGGUGGGACCUGUCCAAGUUCCAGCAUGUCAAGCGGGACAUCGGCAGCGCCAUGAAGUCGGUGGGCGAGGUCAUGGCCAUCGGUCGUACCUUUGAGGAGUCUUUCCAGAAGGCCAUCCGGCAGGUCGACCCUAGGUUCGUCGGCUUCCAAGGCGACAAGUUCGCGGACCUCGACUACGAGCUGCAGAACCCCACCGAUCGUCGCUGGCUGGCCGUCGGCCAGGCCAUGCUGCACGAGAACUACUCUGUCGACCGCGUCCACGAGCUGACCAAGAUCGACAAGUGGUUCCUGUACAAGCUGCAGAACAUUGUCGACUGCACCAAGGAGCUCCAGCAGAUCGGCAGCCUUGGUGGUCUUAAAAAGGAGCAUAUCCUGAAGGCGAAGAAGAUGGGCUUCUCGGAUAAGCAGAUUGCUAUGGCCGUCGGCAGCACCGAGGACCAGGUCCGCGCUCGUCGUUUGGAGUUUGGCAUCCGCCCUUGGGUGAAGAAGAUCGAUACGCUGGCCGCCGAGUUCCCCGCGGAUACCAACUACCUCUACACCACCUACAACGCGUCGUCUCACGACGUCACCUUCCAGGACAAGGGCACGGUCAUUCUGGGAAGCGGCGUCUACCGGAUUGGUAGCUCUGUCGAGUUCGAUUGGUGUGCCGUCAGCGCGACUCAGGCUCUGCGGAAGAUGGGAGAAAAGACCAUCAUGAUCAACGUGAACAACCCAGAAACCUAUUCCACAGAUUUCGAUACUGCUGAUAGACUCUACUUUGAGGAGCUGAGCUAUGAGCGUGUCAUGGAUAUCUACGAGCUGGAGAGCGCUGGCGGUGUUGUGGUGUCUGUGGGCGGCCAGUUGCCGCAGAACAUCGCGCUCCGUCUGCAAGAGACGGGCGGGGCCAAUGUCCUGGGAACGGACCCCCGCGACAUUGACAAGGCCGAGGACAGACAAAAGUUCUCCGAAAUUCUCGACAGCAUCGGUGUCGACCAACCGGCGUGGAAGGAGCUCACCUCGGUUGAGGCUGCGGAGCAGUUCGCCGAGCAGGUCGGCUAUCCUGUCCUUGUGCGUCCCAGUUACGUCCUGUCCGGCGCUGCCAUGACCGUCAUUCGCAGCAAGGAGGACCUGAAGGAAAAGCUGGAGGCCGCUGCCAAUGUCUCGCCCGACCACCCGGUGGUUAUCAGCAAGUUCAUUGAGGGUGCUCAGGAGAUCGACGUGGAUGGUGUCGCCUCCGGCGGCAAACUCAUCAUCCACGCUGUCAGUGAACACGUGGAGCAGGCUGGUGUCCACUCUGGCGACGCUACCUUGGUUCUCCCUCCUGUGAGCCUGGACGAGACCACCAUGUCGCGGGUGAAGGAGAUCGCGCAGAAGAUCGCUCAGGCGCUGAAGAUCACUGGCCCAUUCAACAUGCAGAUUAUCAAGGCUGACGACCCCGAGGGCGGCCUCCCGGCGUUGAAGGUCAUUGAGUGCAACCUGCGUGCCUCCCGGUCAUUCCCCUUCGUCAGCAAGGUGCUUGGCACCAACUUCAUCGACGUAGCCACCAAGGCCCUCGUAGGCAAGGAAGUGCCCGAGCCCACCGACCCGAUGGCAGUCAAGCGCGACUACCUCGCCACCAAGGUGCCGCAGUUCUCGUGGACCCGUCUUGCCGGUGCCGAUCCUUUCCUCGGCGUCGAGAUGGCGUCGACGGGUGAGAUGGCCUGCUUCGGCAAGGACCUGGUCGAGGCCUACUGGACAUCGGUCCAGUCGGCUAUGAACUUCCGCGUGCCCGAGCCUGGCGAGGGUCUCCUCUUCGGCGGCGAGCUGAGCAAGAAGUGGCUCACCACCGUCGUCGACUACCUCGCUCCUCUCGGCUACAAGCUCUAUGCUGCCGAUCAGGAGGUCAAGCAGCACUUGGAGUCGACGUGCAAGCACAAGAUCAACGUCGAGCUGAUCGAAUUCCCCAAGGAGGACAAGCGCACGCUGCGUGAAGUCUUCAAGAAGUACGACAUCCGCGGCGUCUUCAACCUGGCUCAGGCCCGCGGCAAGACGGUCAUGGACGUCGACUACGUCAUGCGCCGUAAUGCGGUCGACUUUGGUGUCCCGCUGUUCAUGGAACCUCAGACUGCUAUGCUCUUUGCUCAAUGCAUGAGCGAGAAGCUGCCUCGUCCGGGGGGCAUUCCCUCCGAGGUCCGCAGGUGGUCUGACUUCAUUGGUGGCAAGCCCCUGUAA